AAGAUCAACCGUUCAAUUGGCGCCCAAAAUGCUAAAACCCUCGUCUCGUCGUCCUUCUCCACCAGCUCUCUCUCUCUCUCUCUGUAUCUCUGAAACCCUAGGAUGGAGAAGAAGCUCAUCUCCAUUGGUUUCGAGGGCUCGGCGAACAAGAUCGGCAUCGGUAUCGCCACCUUAGACGGCAACAUCCUCGCAAACCCUCGCUCCACCUACAUCACCCCGCCCGGCCACGGCUUCCUCCCCCGCGAGACGGCCCAACAUCACCUCCAAAACCUCACCCGCCUGCUUCGCUCCGCGCUUGACGAAGCCGGCAUCUCCCCCGCCGACAUCGACUGCAUUUGCUACACCAAGGGCCCCGGCAUGGGCGCCCCGCUCCAGGUAUGCGCUGCCGCCGUACGAGUGCUGGCGAAGCUGUGGAACAAGCCCCUUGUUGGGGUGAAUCACUGCGUGGCGCAUAUAGAGAUGGGCCGGGUCGUCACAGGGGCAGAGGACCCGGUCGUGUUGUAUGUCAGUGGGGGGAACACGCAGGUGAUCGCGUAUAGUGAGGGAAAGUAUAGGAUAUUCGGGGAAACCAUUGAUAUUGCAGUCGGGAAUUGUUUGGAUAGGUUUGCGAGGGUAUUGAAUCUCUCCAAUGAUCCAAGCCCUGGAUAUAAUAUCGAGCAGCUGGCUAAGAAAGGUGAAGAAUUCAUUGAUCUUCCUUAUGUUGUCAAAGGAAUGGAUGUUUCAUUUAGUGGCAUACUGAGCUAUAUAGAAGCCAUUGCUCCUGUGAAGCUGGAAAGCAAGGAAUGCACAGAAGCAGACCUCUGUUACUCCUUGCAGGAGACAUUGUUUGCAAUGCUGGUUGAGAUCACUGAACGAGCCAUGGCACAUUGUGAUACAAAGGAUGUUCUCAUUGUCGGUGGUGUAGGAUGUAAUUUACGCUUGCAGGAGAUGAUGAAGGCUAUGUGUGCAGAGAGGGGUGGUAGACUGUAUGCAACUGAUGAUAGGUAUUGUAUAGACAAUGGAGCCAUGAUUGCAUACACUGGGCUACUUGCCUUUGCCCGUGGUAUUACCACUCCACUAGAGGAAUCAACAUUCACUCAGAGAUUCCGAACCGAUGAAGUUCAUGCAAUUUGGAGAGAAAAAAGCUUAUCAGAUAUUAAUAACGGAAGUGUCAACACCAUCGAAGAAAAAACCGGUUCAUAGACUACAAUUGUGUGUAAUCGGCGAUCAAAGUAUUUUUUUAGCAGUAAUGAUGCAUUCUUCAAUUGCAAAAAACAUGUAACAUUAUGACCGAAAAUUGUAGAGAAAGAAGUUAUUUAUCAUGUAAUCAACUUUUUUCAAUCA